AUGUUUUUUGGUCAUUUCCAGCCGAAAGCAGAUACAAGACUUAUCUCCAGUAUAGGUCCAUCGCAAAUAUUUACCUUGUACGGAUCGGUAGUUGAUAAUUCUCACUCGUUAAUUAACCCACAGCAAAUAUAUAAAAGGAUUUGGGUUUCCGUCGAUCAUUUCCAGCCAAAAGCAGAUACCGCUGAGACUUUAUCUCCAGUAUACGCGCGUCGCAAAUAUUUACCUCUUACGGAAUGGGGUUUACUCCACACCAUCGCGUAUAUAAAAAACAAGCAUACCCACUUAAUGGCAAGGGGUAUAAAGGAUGGCCAAAUCUGGGGUAUAAUGAGUCAAUCUAUUGAAGUUGAAGUAUGCGUUAUCGGCGGAGGUGUAUCCGGGCUUAAGGCUGUUCAUACUCUAAUCAAUCUGCCUGAAUCUGGGUAUUCAACCGAAGAUGUGAUUUUGGUCGAGGCUCAAGAUCGUCUUGGGGGGAGGAUAUUCACAGAUAGAAAGUCAUCAAAAUUAGGGUUAUCGUACGACUUAGGGGCGGCGUGGUUUCAUGAUUCGCUAAAUAAUGUUGUAUUGUCAGAGUCGGUCCGGGAUGGUAUUUUUAAUGUUAGGGAAGAUGGAUAUUAUGAUGAUAAAGAUAUGAAAUACUUCGCAUCCGAUCAAGAUGGCCCGCUAGAUGUUAACAAUCUAAAGCUCGAAAGAGUCGUCGAGGAUAUACAAAAGUUCAUCCAGUUAUAUUAUGUAAACAAUUCGGGUAAAGAUAUAUCAUUAAGCGAAAUAGUGACAUUAUUUAUGGCAAAAUAUGCGUCGAGAUUGAGUGCAGAACAAAAACACCACUGCGGUAACAUGCUAAGAUAUCUCGAAUUAUGGUAUGGUAUUACCUGGGACAAAAUAAGUGCCAAGUACUCCAUUGAGGAUCAUGGUGGUAGAAACUUGUUCAACAAGAAAGGCUACGAUUUCGUGAUCAAUAAAUUGGCUCAAGGAGUUCCAAAUGAUAGAAUCUUAUUAAAUCAUCCAAUAAGUGGCAUUGUCCGCAAUAACGGGAACGCUAACAGGAAAGUUUCUGUAGAGUCCUGUAGUGGAGCAACGAUCCAUUGCAACUACCUUAUUGUUACCGUGCCUCAAAGCAUUUUAUCAUUACGUGCAUCGCAUCCACAAGGUAUCACAUGGACGCCACCACUUCCAUCAAAGUUCACCAUUACCUUAGACAGGAUGCACUUUGGGUCAUUGGGCAAAGUUAUUUUUGAAUUUGAAGCAGCUUGGUGGGAUAUCAACCUGGACAGAUUUGAAAUCUUACCUGAUUCCACUGAUAAUAGUCUGCUCUCUUUCCCAUUAGACCUGCUUCCAGAAAAGUUUAGAUUUCCAACAUACGUGGUUAAUUACGCUGCAGUAUACAGUGAUUCCACCAAUGGUGCAAGUCUUUGUGUCCUCACACAAUCUCCAUUAACCAACUACUUGGAAUCGCAUCCGCAAGAAGCUUGGCCGUACUUUAAACCAAUGUUAUCCAAAAUUGCUCUUGCUGGUCAAGACGUAUCAGAUCCAAUUAAUACUAUUACAUCUAACUGGACAAAUAAUCCUUACAUAAAGGGCUCUUAUAGUGCUGUUGAGUCUGGUGAUGAUCCAUUAGGUUUAAUUGCCCAAUUUUCCGGCGAAAACAAUUGUGGGUUGACCGACAAAAAUAUACGUUUUUCCGGUGAGCACACAAUACUCAACGGCCACGGUUGCGUGAACGGCGCAUACAUGAGUGGCGAAAGAGAAGCUUUAUGGAUCCUCAAUGACACUAAAAAUGUAAAAAUGAAUAGUCGAGGAGCUAGAUCAAAGUUAUAA